AAAAUUGUGUUAGUUAAUAUCACCUGUAAAUGCACCAAAUAGAAGAGACUGUUUCUGAGAAUCUGAGGACCUACACCCUCCUUCUGCAAAACGAGUGCUGUUAGUUGAGUUUUCUUAUGCACAUGCUUGCAGCAAACAUUUUACCCACCCCCAUCUGGUUAUUUAGACGUUUUCAUCCUAAAGAUGUGUGUCACUCUCUCUAAUACUGUCUUUUCAGAGCUACAAAAUAAUACUGAUUCAAUGCAGAUGUGUGCUAAUGGUGUAUUUUUAUUAGUAUAAUAUACACAUGUAGGCUAUAUCAGUAAAAUAAAUUUUUUAUACUGCACACACUGUCAGAGGUUAAGAUUUGGUCAGGUUUUUUUUUGUGUGUGUUUGGGCGGGUUUUGCGUUUGUGCUGAAAACUGUCAUUCCAAUCUGGCAACCCUGGCAGCUGAGAACGGUAAGUCGGCAUCAUGGCUGCUGGAAACCAUAGGGAUGUGUGAGUGUAGGAGAACACAUACUGUCUGCACUAACUGAUUUAACUACUGUUGUCCAGCAAGAGAGGGAGAAUGAGCAGACAUUUGUAACACUCGAUUUACAAAGGGGCUUUCGUGGGCGUCCACGGCUGAGUGUGUCUGUAGAGACCAUGACACAUCUUAUAGAACUUGGGCUGCCAUCUAAAUCUAUUGCUGCACUCCUUGGUGUGUCUAGAGCUACGCUUUUUAGGCGGAUGGCAGAAAAUAAUCUCUCAAUAUCUGCCUUGUACAGUGGCUGCAGUGAUGAUGAAUUAGACUCAUUAAUCACAGGAAUUAAGAACACAAUGCCAGAUGCUGGAUGCAGAGUGGUCAAAGGUGCUCUACUUGCACAGGGACACAGAGUGCAAUGGGAUAGAGUAUAUGCCUCCAUGCAUCGUGUAGACAGUGUAGGUGUGCUCUCAAGAAUGACUCGUCUGAGAUGUGUGGCGAGGAGGACAUACAUGGUCCCUUUCCCAAAGUACAUGGUGCACAUUGACACCAAUCAUAAGCUUAUCAGGUACAACUUUGUCAUCUUUGMGGGUAUAGAUGGCUAUUCAAGAAAGAUUAUGUACCUUAAGGUAGCAGACAACUACAGAUCAGAUACCCACCUGGCAUUCUUCAAUGAAGCUGUGAACGAACAUGGGUUUCCCCUGAGGUAAUACCCAUCUCAGAGAUUCAAUGGGAGGAGAGUGGCUACACAAAUGGGCAUCAUUCUGGGGUCAAUAUCCCGGAACUUGACAGUCCUCUUUCAGAGCUGGCAAUGGCGGCACUGCGAGACAACAUUGAUCCAUUGCAGCAAUCUGACUGUUUUGGGGCAGACAUUUAUCUGAACACGGUCCAAUAUGUUGAGAACCUUCUUGAAUCGAGAUAAAACAAAAAGAACAUUUAACUUUCCAACAUUGAAUAAAAGCUGUGGAA